GAAGCAUACUGGGAACAGCGAUGCAAGCAAAUGGAGGAGGAAUGUCGAAAAGGUCACACCAGAAAUCUCUUUGCGCAGGUCAAGAAAAUUCGAACUUCUUUCACUACCCACAAAGGAGCAAUCAAAAACAAGAAGGGGAAGGUCCUGACUGGCCAGCAAUGCAUCAGAAGCAGAUGGCAGAAUACACGGAAGAGUUGUAUGCAAGCACUAGCGACCUUGAGCCACCCCACGAUGACCCAGUGGAAAUGGAGCCAGCUUUCCUGGAUGAGGAAGUCGUAUGGGCGCUGAAGAAGUUACCAAACAACAAGGCACCUGGUAUUGACUGCAUCCCAGCAGAAAUGUUGAGGCCUGUUCCACCAGUGGCUAUCAAAGCGAUCUGCCAGAAGAUCUGGGAAACCAACAGCCGGCCAAAGGAUUGGAAGAGAUCAGUAUUCAUCUCACUGCCUAAGAAAGAUGACGCAAGGGACUGUUGCAGCUACCGUACAAUAACCCUGAUUCCUCAUGCAAGCAAAGUCCUUCUGAAGAUCAUACAGCAGGGUCUGUGCCCAAUCAUUGAAGCAGAACUACCUGACUCGCAAGCAGUGUUCAAAAGAGGUUGUGGUACCAGUGACCAUAUCACAAAUCUGCGGUGGAUUAUGGAGAAAUGUCAUGAACAUCAGAAAAACAUCUAA